UCGGCGCACCCAAAGAUCCGCAGCCGCGAUCUGUUAAAGCAAAAAAGACCGACCAGAGCCUUCGCCCACAUACCAAAAGCGGCGAAGGUCGGGCUAGGGUUUUCUCCGCCCUAUACCUCCUCCUCCUCCUUCCCCCUCGUCAUCGUCGUUUUCUUCGCCGUUGUCUUCCUCAGAUCGAUCGAUCGAUCGAUCUCGCCAUGGCGGCUCUGCAGUUCCUCGAGUCGCAGAGGGAGUCGCGUCCGGAGCUCGCCGAGUGGUACAAUGCCCUCGCGGACCUCUACCAGAGGAAGCUAUGGCACCAGCUCACCCUCAAGCUUGAGCAGUUCGUCGCCCUCGCCGUCGUCCAGGCGGGUGAUGUUCUCAUACAGCUAUAUAAUAACUUCAUCUCUGACUUUGAGACAAAGAUCAAUCUUUUGAAGCUUGCCCAUUUCGCUGUGGCAGUUUCACGUCAAUAUUCAGAAAAAGAUUCUGCAAUCAGUUACCUUGAAGGGGUAAUUGAAAAGCUGCAGGCUACUCGGGAGAUGCGGGUUGAAGAGCCUAUUCUAUAUGUGAAGAUGCAAAUAGCCCAAUUCAAUCUUGAAAAAGGGAACCAAAAGGAGUGUAAGAAACUGUUGGAAGAGGGGAAAACUACUUUGGAUAGCAUGACUGAUGUUGAUCCUUCUGUUCAUGCUAGCUACUAUUGGAUAUGUUCUCAGUAUCAUAAAUCUCGUCAAGAGUUCGCAGAGUUCUAUAAGAGUGCUCUUCUUUAUCUGGCAUACACUACUGUGGACUCGCUUUCGGAUUCAUUUAAGCUGGACUUGGCAUUUGAUCUAUCCCUCGCGGCUUUGUUGGGUGACAACAUUUAUAACUUUGGGGAAUUGCUUGCCCAUCCAAUUAUCAAUAGUCUUCUUGGAACUGGAGUGGAGUGGGUCUACCAUAUCCUUCAGGCGUUUAAUACUGGCAACUUAGUUCGCUAUCAAGAACUCUGUCGUGUUCACAAUGCUGCUUUGAGUGCACAGCCCGCUUUGGUACAGAACGAGAGGAAGCUACUUGAAAAAAUUAACAUUCUCUGUCUGAUGGAAAUAAUCUUCAGUCGACCAUCUGAAGACCGUACCAUUCCAUUAACUGUUAUUGCUGAUCGGACUAAGCUAUCCAUUGAAGAUGUUGAAUAUCUUCUUAUGAAGAGCCUCUCUGUUCAUCUCAUUGAGGGCAUAAUUGAUCAAGUAGAGGGCACAGUUCAUGUGUCAUGGGUGCAACCCCGGGUUCUGGGAAUACCACAGAUAAAGUCUCUUCGUGAUCGGCUGGACAAUUGGGUUGGGAAGGUGCGCACAGCGUUGCUAUCAGUCGAAGCGGAGACCCCCGACUUAGUAGCUUCUUGAUGUGCUUCUCCCCCCUUUAUUUUCUGUUCCUCUCAACGCUCCCAACGCAAAGCCUUGUGAUGAGAAGGAAAAAUUGCUGCAACCCUCCUUUGGCUCGUAUUUUCUACUGAUUUGAAAUAUUUAUUUUUUUUGUGUGUGCUCAAAGGAUGCAGCUCGAUGCAGACUGAGGUCUGUAUUAUUCUAAAUUUGUAGACGAGGUUAACAUUUAAGUUGUGAUAGGCUUAAAAUUACGGAACAGGAAGACCUAAUGUUUUAGAUUGGACGGCGAUGUUCUUUUAUUCUAGUUUGAGUUCCAUACAUUUGAUUUGUGAGCCCAAAUGUGUGUUUUUGGACAUUUAUAUGGAAAAAAAUGCUGCUCGUUUUUUUUUCUCGCA